AGCAACAGAAAGAGCUAGAAUGGGCAAUCCGCAUGUUCUGGUUAUACCGUUUCCAGCACAAGGCCAUAUCAUACCUCUGCUGGAGUUAUCACGGCACUUAGUCGAUCAUGGCUUCAAAAUCACAUUUGUAAAUACAGAGUAUAAUCAUGACCGAAUCAUGAAUGCAAUUGGAGUGAAGGAAAAAAUAGGGGAUCAAAUCCAUAUGGUCACCAUUUCAGAUGGAAUAGAGACCUUGGAGGACAGAAAAAAGCCAGGAAAGUCAUCAAGAGCAGUCUUGAAUGUUAUGCCUGAGAAGCUGGAGGAGCUCAUUGAUCGGAUUAAUGGAUCGAACGGUGAAGAGAUCACUUGUGUCCUUGCUGAUCAGAGUAUUGGAUGGGCCCUAGAAAUUGCAGAGAAGAAGGGGAUCCGACGAGCUGCCUUCUGUCCUGCAGCAGCCGCACUAUUGGUCUUAGUAUUUAACAUCCCAAAUUUGAUCAGAGAUGGAAUUAUUGCUGAUGAUGGAACUCCACUGAAAAAGCAGACAAUUCGUCUCUCACCAGAAAUGCUGGCCAUGAACACAAAACAAUUAUUGUGGGUCUGCCCUGGCAACUUGCCUAUGCAGAAAAAUAUUUUUGAACUUUCAGUAAGAAGUAUCAAGUCUGUGAAAGUGGCUGAGUGGCUGCUUUGCAACUCAACUUAUGAUCUUGAGCCUGCUGCAUUUACCUUGGUUCAGAAUAUUCUACCUAUAGGUCCACUUUUGGCAAGCAACCAGCUUCGAGGCUCAGUAGGAAACUUUUGGACAGAGGAUGCAACUUGCCUUAACUGGCUCGAUCAACAGCCACCACACUCAGUGAUAUAUGUUGCAUUUGGAAGCUUCACAAUCUUUGACCCAACCCAGUUCCAAGAAUUGGCUUUGGGGCUCGAACUCUGCAACAGACCGUUUUUGUGGGUCGUGCGGCCAGAUAUCACAGAUGGGACAAGUGAUGCCUACCCAAAAGGAUUUCAAGAGAGAGUGGCCACUCGAGGGCAGAUGGUGGGUUCUGUAGCGCAACAGAAGAUUCUGAGCCAUCCCUCAGUUGCUUGCUUCCUUAGUCACUGUGGUUGGAACUCCACGAUUGAAGGUGUUAGCAAUGGGAUCCCAUUCUUGUGCUAGCCUUAUUUUGCUGACCAGUUUCUUAACCAGAGCUAUAUUUGUGAUGUUUGGAAGGUUGGAUUGGGUUUAAACCAAGAUGAAAGCGGUAUAAUAAGACGAGGAGAAAUCAAAACGAAGUUGGAGCAAUUUCUGGGCGAUGAAACAUUAAAAGUAAGGGCUUUGGAUCUCAAGAAAUUAGUCAUGGCAAGCAUCAAAGAAGGCGGUGCAUCUCAUAAUAAUUUAAAGAAUUUCAUUGAAUGGAUGAAAGACUAGAGAAGUUCCUCAUACAGUUUCCAGACUUAAUUUGCACCUAUCUCUUAAUCUCUUUGUUCUUCAGAUUUUAUGUGAAAUAAAUUACUUCAAAAGAGGAAGGAGAGCAACAAUGAAAAGAACAUCAAUAAAGAAGACUUGCCUAU